CAGUGGUCCAUCCAUCCUGUCAGUCUGCCUGCAGACUUCAGCCACAAAACUCCUUCAGUCCAGCACAACUUUUUUCAGGAUUCCUCCAGGGGUGAGAGACUUCUCAACUUUUUAUCCCAAACAAACUCUCAAACUUCCGGAGCUGCUGCACUCAUGGCUGUGGUGCGGUUCUACAGUAGUGAAGUUGUGAAUGGACGAGCCUUACAGAGGGCCGCCGCGCUGCACCCCCACCUGUCCAUCAGCAGCGAGCUGUGCUACAAUGUUGAGCUGACAGGCUGUGAGAGUCUGAGUGCCGAGCAGAAGGAGAUUCUCCUCUGGUUGUUUCGUCCUCCCCUGCGGGCCGAGCCGCUGUCGGAGAAACCCAACCUCACAGAGGGCAGCGGGGAGAAACUGGUGGAAAUUGGACCCAGGUUGAAUUUCUCCACCGCCUGGUCCACUAACACCGUGUCCAUCUGCCAGAGUGUCGGCCUCACUGAAGUCACACGGGUCGAACUGUCUCGCAGGUUUCUGAUCAAGCCAAAAAAAGGGGAGCAGAGCCUGAAUGAACUCAAUGGAGACAUAAAGAAGCUGAUUGAGUGUCUGUAUGACAGCAUGACAGAGUGCAUCUAUCAACAUCCCAUCACCUCCUUCAAUGUGGAAACCAAACCACAGCCCGUGUUUGAGGUGGACAUCGUGGGGAAGGGCCGUGCAGCCUUAGAGAUGGCAAAUGAUGAUCUGGGUCUGGCCUUUGACUCCUGGGACCUGGACUACUACACAUCAAUGUUCCAGAGGAUUAAAAGGAACCCCACCAGUGUGGAGUGUUUCGACCUGGCUCAGUCCAACAGCGAGCACAGUCGUCACUGGUUCUUCCGGGGGCGGAUGGAGAUCGACGGGCUGGAGCAGAAAGAGACUCUUUUUAGUCUCAUAAUGGACACCCAGCGGCACAGCAACCCCAACAACGUCAUCAAGUUCUGCGACAACAGCAGUGGUAUCAAAGGGAUGGAGCUGGAGUGUAUUUACCCAAAAGACCCAUCUCAAGCCAGCCAGUAUGAGACACGGCACUCAGUUAGACACGUCAUCUUCACUGCAGAGACGCACAACUUCCCGACAGGUGUAGCACCAUUCAGCGGAGCCACCACUGGCACAGGGGGUCGUAUCAGAGACGUGCAGAGUGCGGGGCAGGGGGGCCACGUCAUCGCCGGCACCGCAGGAUACUGCUUCGGCAACCUUCACAUCCCAGGUUACGUUCUUCCCUGGGAGUCUGAAGGGGAGGGCUGGGAGUAUCCUUCCAGCUUCGCCCCCCCGCUGCAGGUGGCCAUCGAGGCCAGUAACGGAGCCUCAGACUACGGCAACAAGUUUGGAGAACCUGUCCUGUCAGGAUUUGCUCGUUCUUUCGGGAUGCGCCUGGCUGACGGAGAGCGGCGGGAGUGGAUUAAGCCGAUCAUGUUCAGCGCUGGUCUCGGAUCUAUUGAAGACACACAUGUAAAGAAAGAAGAGGCAGAGACUGGAAUGGAAGUGGUGAAGAUCGGGGGGCCGGUGUACAGGAUCGGCGUGGGAGGAGGAGCGGCCUCGUCUGUAGAAGUCCAGGGGGAUAACUCCAGCGAAAGGGACCUCGGGGCGGUGCAGAGGGGAGACGCUGAGAUGGAGCAGAAGAUGAACCGCGCUCUCAGGGCAUGUUUGGAGAGAAGCGGCGGGAACCCAAUCUGCAGUAUUCAUGACCAGGGGGCGGGAGGCAAUGGUAAUGUGCUAAAGGAGCUCAGUGAGCCAGCAGGAGCUGUGAUCUACUGCAGUAAAUUCAAGAAAGGCGACCCCACACUGAGUGUGUUAGAGCUGUGGGGGGCAGAGUAUCAGGAGAGCAACGCCCUGCUGCUCCGUCCAUCAGACAGGGACUUCCUGGAGAGAGUGUGUCGGAGGGAGAAGUGUCCUGUGGACUUUGUGGGAAACAUCACUGGAGAUGGCAAGAUUGUGCUGGUGGAUGAUGAGGGGGGCAGUGUUGAUCAGGCAGACGGGGGCCGCUGUCCAGUGGACCUGCAGCUGGAGUGGGUUCUGGGGAAGAUGCCUCAGAAGGAGUUUAAGAUGGAGCGUCGGGCCCCCACCCUUCAGCCUCUGGCUCUUCCCGCUGGGCUGAAAGUCAAAGAAGCUCUGGACAGAGUUUUACGUUUGCCUGCUGUGGCGUCCAAACGCUACCUGACCAACAAGGUGGACCGGUCUGUGACUGGGUUGGUUGCCCAGCAACAAUGCGUCGGCCCACUCCACACCCCAUUGGCCGACGUGGCUGUUGUUGCUCUGUCACCAUUUGGUCUGGAGGGAGCAGCGACUGCCAUCGGGGAGCAGCCAAUUAAAGGCCUGCUCUGUCCGUCAGCUGGGGCUCGCAUGGCUGUGGGAGAGGCUCUGACCAACUUAGUGUUUGCUCGAGUCACGGCUCUGAAGGAUGUGAAGUGCAGUGGUAACUGGAUGUGGGCGGCCAAGCUGCCUGGUGAGGGUGCCUCUCUGUGGGAGGCCUGCAAAGCCAUGUGUGAGGUCAUGGGUCAGCUGGGGGUGGCCAUCGAUGGAGGCAAGGACUCUCUGAGUAUGGCCGCCAGAGUGGGGAAAGAGACGGUCAAAGCUCCAGGUGCUCUGGUUAUUUCUGCAUAUGCUGUUUGUCCUGACAUCACAGCCACUGUGACACCUGACCUGGAGGACCCAGAUGGCAAAGGCUUGUUGUUGUGGGUUCCUCUCAGUCCAGGCCGUCAUCGUCUGGGAGGCUCUGCUCUGGCUCAGUGCUUCAGUCAGCUGGGAGACUGCUCUCCUGAUCUGGAGAAACCAGAGCUGUUCACCGCCUGUUUCAGCACCACACAGGCACUCAUACAAGAUCGCCUGCUGAGUGCGGGACAUGACAUCAGCGAUGGAGGCCUUAUUUCCUGUUUGCUAGAGAUGGCGUUUGCAGGAAACCGUGGGAUUGACAUUGAGCUGUCAUCACAAGGAACUGGAGUCAUGGAGCUGCUGUUCAGCGAGGAGCUGGGUUUGGUUCUGGAGGUUUCACAGCUCAAUGUGGAAACAGUGUGUCAGAGAUACAGCAACGCAGGCAUGCAGUGCCAUCGUGUCGGCAGAACCUGCGGCUUUGGACCUGAGGCGAUGGUCAGAGUUCGGGUGGAUGGACAGGAGGUGCUGAGAGAACCGCUGCCUCACCUUAGAGCAUUAUGGGAGGACACCAGUUUCCAGCUGGAGCGCCUCCAGGCCAAUGAGAUCUGUGUGAAACAGGAAGAGGAAGGGCUGGCCAAGAGGACGCAGCCAUACUUCAAACUCACCUUUGACCCCUCUGUGAUGCCCAGCAUCAGCCAGCUCAGUGGAGGUCAGCCUCGUGUCGCUGUGGUCAGAGAAGAGGGCAGUAACGGAGACAGAGAGAUGUGCGUGUCCCUGUAUAUGGCGGGCUUCGAGGCGUGGGAUGUCAACAUGCAGGACUUGUGUUCAGGCUCUAUAACUUUGGAGUCUUUCAAAGCAGUCGUGUUCGUCGGUGGAUUCAGCUACGCAGACGUCCUGGGAUCAGCUAAAGGCUGGGCUGCUACUGUUGCAUAUAACCCCAAGGCUAAGGCUGAGUUUGAUCGCUUCCGGCGGCGCGACGACACACUGAGUCUGGGAGUGUGUAAUGGCUGCCAGCUGCUCGCCCUGCUGGGCUGGGUGGGAGAGGGUCAGGAUGGAGCAGAGAGUGAAGUGGCGCUGACCCAUAAUAAGUCUGGUCGGUUUGAGUCUCGCUUUGUCAGUGUUGGGAUCCAGGAGUCCCCGUCCAUCUGGCUCAGAGGCAUGGAGGGUUCAGCUCUGGGAGUCUGGGUUGCACAUGGAGAAGGUCUGAUGCAAUUCCGUAGCUCCCUGGCUGAGGGCCAGAUCAUUUCUGGUGGGCUAGCCCCCAUACGUUACCUGGACGACCAGGGUCACCCCACUGAAGAGUACCCGCUGAACCCGAACGGCUCUCCGCAGGGUGUCGCAGGGCUCUGCUCUAAGGAUGGGAGACACCUGGCCAUGAUGCCCCACCCGGAGCGCUGCACCCUGGGCUGGCAGUGGCCCUGGGCUCCGAGGGACUUCAGGCCGUCCCUCACACCUUCACCCUGGCUACGCAUGUUCAAGAACGCAGCCACCUGGUGCAGCAACUCACAGUGAUGAUACUGUAUAAAACGGAUCCUGCCAAAGUAGUAUUAUAGUCUCCGGGGGUUGUGGGUCAACUGAAACUAUGUAAUGCAUUUGUUUACUUACUGUGGUACUUUUUGUGUUUGCAAUAUUACUGAAACCUGCUGUAAUACUUUAUGACUUUGAGACCUUCUUGACUUUUAUACAUUCCAAAUGGUUCCUACUGGAAAUGUUUCAAAUCUGUACUGUCCAAUCAGUGUUGCUCUGCUGAAACUUUAAAAAUUGAAUCAUUUGAUAACAAAUAAUUUUAAAAAACUGAAUAAUCAUGUGUAGUGUUUAAUUUGUUUAAAAAAACACAUAAAUAUUCUUCAUUUACACUCAAAAGAAACCUCACAAUAUUAAGUAUUUACAUGUCAUUAUAUUUAAGAACUGACAUUAGAGCGAAUCUUGAGCUUAAUUGUAAAACAAAGACAACAAUGUUCCACAGUUAGAUGAAUGAGAAUAUGACUAAAA